AUGGGCAACCACACCACAGUGACCACUUUCCUGCUGUGGGGAUUUUCCAGUUUCCCAGAACUGCAGAAUCUACUCUUUGCUGUGAUUUUCCUCUUCCAUGUGACCAUCCUACUAGCAAACGUGUCCAUCAUGGUGGCCAUCAAGCUCAGUCACAGCCUUCACACCCCCAUGUAUAUCUUCCUCUUUGCUCUGUCCCUUUCAGAAACUUGCACCACUAUGGUAAUCAUCCCCCGCAUGUUAGUGGACUUGCUGUCAGAGAGCAAGACCAUUUCUCUCCUCCAGUGUGCCACACAGAUGUUUUUCUUCUUUGGCUUGGGAGCCAAUAACUGCUUCAUAUUGUCUGCCAUGUCCUAUGACUGUUACACCGCCAUCCACAACCCAUUGCAAUAUCCCAUCCUGAUGACCCACAAGAUCUGCUUUCAGUUCAUUAUGGCCUCCUGUGUGCUUGGCUUCUUGGUUUCCCUGUGCAUUGUCAUCAUAAUAUUCAGCUUGUCCUUCUGUAACUCUAACGUCAUUCAGCACUUUUUCUGUGACAUUGCACCUGUGGUCUCCCUUGCCUGCAACUGCACCUUUUUCCAGAAAGUGGUUCUCCUUGCAUUCACUGCCUUUGUGCUGGUGGGCAGCUUUAUUUUAAUUAUGGUUUCUUAUGUCUUCAUUCUGUUCCUAGUUGUGAAGAUGCCCUCUGCCAAGGGAAGGUAUAAAACCUUUUCAACUUGCUCUUCUCACUUCACUGUAGUGUUCAUACAUUAUGGAUUUGCUUGCUUUGUCUAUUUGAGGCCCAAGAACAGUGACUCAUUCGGGGAAGAUACACUGCUUGCAUUGUCAUACACCAUUCUGACUCCUCUGCUUAACCCCAUCAUUUACAGUCUAAGGAACAGAGAAAUGCAGACAGCCUUGAAGAAAGAGUUUGGCAAUGUAAUCAGGUUUUUCCCUCAAAUGAUAAAUAAAAGAACCCAGAAAAUUUGA